AUGGCUGGGGUUAUGCUUCUCGCUGCACAAAUGUCUUGCGGUGACGUGGCCUGGGAAGUCCCGCGCUUUGACGGCUGGUACAACAGUUUGGCGAGUCCUAAACGCGGAGCCGUGGGCUCUCAGCUUGUGCGCCUGCUGCCUGCGCGCUUCUGGGACGGAGUGUACCAGCCCCUUCAGGAGCCGCAGCUGCCCAACCCGAGGGCCCUCAGCCGCGCGCUCACUCAGGGGCCACCGGGACUGCCCUCCGCCCGGAACCAAACUGUGCUCUCGUUGUUUUUUGGGUACCACGUAGCAUUUGAAAUAUUUGACUCUCGGAAUCCUGGAUGUCCUCCUGAGUUCAUGAACAUCCCAGUCCCAAAAGGAGACCCAGUAUUUGAUCCUUCCUCCACCGGUAAAGUCCUGCUCCCGUACCAAAGAGGACAGUACGCUGGAGAAACUGGCCAGAGUCCCAGUAACCCUCGCACUCAGGUGAACUCGGUCAGUGCCUGGAUCGAUGGCAGCUCUAUCUAUGGCCCCUCCAGCUCCUGGUCUGAUUCCCUGAGGAGUUUCUCUGGAGGUCGGCUAGCUUCAGGGUCUGAGCGGAACAUGCCCCGAGUGGAGACGGGACGCAGCUUCAUGUGGAGCGCCCCGGAUCCCUCGUCUGCGGAGCCCGGAUCACACGGCCUCUAUGAGUUGGGCAACGCCUGGGCCAAUGAGAACAUGUUCACGGCAGCAGAGGGGAUUAUCUGGUUUCGCUUCCACAAUUAUGUCGCCUCCAGGCUGCAGGAGGAACACCCAGAGUGGUCAGACGAGAGGCUCUUUCAGAAUGCCAGGAAGACCAUCGUGGCCACAUUCCAGAACAUUGUGGUCUAUGAAUGGCUCCCUGCAUAUCUGGGAAACAGACGGCUCAGUGCGUAUCCAGGUUAUCAGAAGUUUGUUGACCCCGGUGUGUCUCCUGAAUUCCAAGUUGCAGCCAUGAGAUUUGGUGUUACUAUGGCUCCGCCUGGUGUUUACAUGAGAAAUAAAACUUGUCAUUUUCGAGAAAUUAUUAACUCUGAAGGAAUCUCGUCUCCUGCAUUACGUCUGUGCAACAGCUUCUGGAUCCGGCAGAGCCCUAACAUGAAAACAAGCCUGGAUGUGGAUGAGCUGCUCUUAGGGAUGGCGUCACAGAUUUCCGAGAGAGAAGACAACGUUGUCGUAGAGGAUCUUAGAGAUUUCAUGUACGGCCCCCUGAGAUUCACGAGGACAGAUCUGGUGGCGCUGACCAUAAACAGGGGCAGAGACUUUGGCCUUCCCACGUACACACAAGUGAGACACGCUUUUGACCUGCCGCCUCUGAACACCUUUGAAGAUAUAAAUCCACAGCUGCACCGCACCAACCCACAGCUGCUGAAAGACAUCGCAGAUCUGUAUGAUGCAGACAUUUCUAAACUGGAGCUGUUUGUCGGGGGGCUGCUGGAGUCUGUGGACGGUCCGGGCCCAGUCUUCUCCGCCAUAAUCCUGGACCAGUUUGAACGGAUCCGAAACGGCGACCGCUUCUGGUUUGAGAAUACAAAAAAUGGUUUGUUUACAGAUGAAGAGAUUCAGAUAAUCCGCAACACAACAUUUCAUGACGUCAUCGUUGCCGUCACAAGCGCUGGCUCGCUGGAUAUACAAAAAAACGUCUUUUACUGGAAAAAUGGCGACCCUUGUCCUCAGCCCAGACAGCUCUCUGCAUCAGCUCUCCACCCCUGCACUAAUGCUACCAAACUUAAUUACUUUGAUGGAGGCAAAGCAGGGUUUAUCAUAUUCAUCACAGUCCUUAUCCUCUUUCCUUUCGUGAGUUUGCUUGUGGCCUGGAUGGUGGCGAUACUCAAGAAACACAGAUACAAUAAGUUUCAAAGAGGAAGGAAGUCUGUGAGUAGGACAGAUGAGCCCACUGUUGGAAUCCCAGCUCUCGAGUGGCAAGGCAAUAAAAAACACCUCCAUCCGGUCAGCGUGGAGUUUGACAAAAAGAAUCGAGUCCAGGUUUUGGACAGGGCCGGUCCCGCUCUCCGGACGCUGUAUGUGGGGAACCAGGCCUGUCUGGACCUCAUUUUAUCCAACGACUGUCAAAGAAAAGCUCUCCUCCUCAAAGUGCCCAAGGAGUACGAUCUGGUGCUGUUUUUUGAUGACGAGAAUAUGCGCUCGUCAUUCGUCCGCCAUCUCUGCCCCGAGUCUCCUGCGGCGGCGAGUCUGGGGCAGAAGGUGACGGUGAGAGAAAUGAGGGAGAAGGAUCUGCUGAACCAGGCUCUGACCAAAGAGCAGCGCGGGCAGAUCGUGGAGACUUUCAUCAGACAAGCUUUCUCCAAGGUGUUGGAGAUCGACCGGAGUGACGCUGGUGUGUCGCAUCAGAAAGCCAAAGAGGUUCUGCAGUGUGAGCUCACCGCUGCAGAGUUCGCAGAAGCUCUGGGCCUCAAACCAGACUCUCUCUUCGUGGACUCCAUGUUCACGUUGGCCGACAAAGACGGCAACGGUUACCUCUCGUUUCAGGAGUUUCUCGAUGUCAUUGUUAUUUUUAUGAAAGGUUCCUCUGAAGAAAAAUCCAAGCUAAUGUUUGCAAUGAAUGACAUUGACAGAAACGGCUACUUAUCCAAGAACGAGUUUGUUCGGAUGCUCAGGUCCUUUUUUGAACUCUCCAAUGGGGCUCUGUCUAAGAGUCAGGCUGACGAUGGCAUCAGGGCCCUGAUGCAGGCGGGAGGCUUUGAAAACAAGGAGAGGAUCACGUGGCAGGAUUUCCACUUCCUCCUCCAGGACCAUGAGAAGGAGCUGCAGUUCGCUCAGAUUAAUGUCAAAGGGAUGGAGAAGCAAGGCAAGAAACGCUUCAGCCGAGACCAGAGAGUGUCCUUCAUCUGCCCAGCCAACAGCAGUCCAAAGUCAGAAGGAUCAGAACUGCGCAGGAGGAAAUUACUCCAUGUUAAAACUCCAAACGUCUACGUGAAACCCAAGCGAGAGCAGUACAUAAAGAACCCGGUCCAGCAGAAGGUGCAGCAGUUCAAGCGCUUUAUAGAGAACUACAGACGCCAUAUUGUCUGCUUCCUCAUCGUGUACGCCAUCACAGCUGGGGUCACCAUAGAACGGUGUUAUUACUACGGGGUGCGGGCCCAGGCCACGGGGAUGCCUGAAGUGUCUGCCACGGGGGUGAUCGUGGCGCGGGGGUCUGCCGCCGCCAUCUCCUUCCUGUUCCCGUACAUGCUGCUCACCGUGUGCAGGAACCUCAUCACUCUGGGACGGGAAACCUUCCUCAACCGCUACAUCCCCUUCGACGCCGCCAUCGACUUCCACAGAUUUAUGGCCAUGACCGCAAUCCUCCUGUCAGUGGUCCACACUCUGGGGCAUAUUAUCAAUAUCUACGUGUUCUCUGUCAGUAACCUCAGCAUCCUGUCCUGCCUCUUCCCAAAGGUCUUCAACAACAACGGGUCAGAGCUUCCUCCCAAGUGGUUUUGGUGGUUUUUUCAAACAGUUCCAGGAGUAACUGGGAUCUUACUUCUUAUUGUGUUUUCGAUCAUGUACGUCUUUGCCUCACACUACUUUCGACGCAUAAGUUUCCGUGGUUUUUGGAUUACACAUUACCUCUAUGUCGCCGUGUACAUCCUGACUGUGAUUCACGGCAGUUUCGCUCUGCUGCAAGAACCUCGUUUCCACAUAUUUUUAAUCCCUCCUGCGCUGCUUUUUUUACUGGACAAACUCAUCAGUCUGAACAGGAAGAAAGUGGAGAUCCCAGUCAUUCGAGCUGAGCUUCUGCCUUCAGGCGUGACGCAUCUGGAGUUCAAAAAACCUCAAGGCUUUGUGUACCGCUCGGGCCAGUGGGUGCGUGUGGCCUGCCUGAUGCUGGGCACAGAUGAGUACCACCCCUUCACCCUGACGUCAGCCCCCCACGAGGAGACCCUGAGCCUCCACAUCCGCGCCGUGGGGCCCUGGACCAGCCGCCUCCGCCAGAUCUACACUGAGGAGAACCUGCUGGAGUUUGGAGCCUACCCAAAGCUGUACCUGGACGGCCCGUUCGGGGAAGGCCAUCAGGAGUGGGUGGACUUUGAGGUGUCUGUUCUUGUUGGAGGAGGAAUCGGCGUCACACCCUUCGCUUCGAUCCUCAAAGACCUGGUUUUCAAGUCCUCCAUCAAGUCCAAGUUUCUGUGUAAAAAGGUGUACUUUAUCUGGGUGACCCGCACGCAGCGACAGUUCGAGUGGGUGUCGGACAUCAUCAGGGAGGUGGAGGAGCUGGACUCUCUGGAGCUGGUCUCGGUGCACACAUACAUCACUCAAGUGGCCGAGAAGUUCGACCUCCGCACGACCAUGCUGUACGUGUGCGAGCGCCACUUCCAGAAGGUGUGGAACCGCAGUAUGUUCACGGGCCUGCGCUCCGUCACCCACUUCGGUCGGCCUCCUUUCGUGUCCUUCUUCAGCUCCCUGCAGGAAGUUCACCCUGAGGUGGCAAAGAUGGGUGUAUUCAGCUGCGGACCUCCAGGACUCACCAAAAACGUAGAAAAAGCGUGUCAGCAGAUGAACAAGAGAGACCAAGCUCACUUCGUACAUCACUAUGAGAACUUUUAA